AUGGAAACAACCCUGACCGGGUCAGGAUAUGUCUCACCAAAAACAGCUCUUAAUCCCAGCAACAAGAGAACCCUUCUGGUCAACGCCGUCACCCAAAAUCUCUCUGAGAGCAAGGUUAAGAAUGUGAGUACCAGUGUGGUUGUUUCUAAUAGGCCAUCUUCUGAGCUCGUCAUAGCCAGCGAUAACGUUGUCUCCAACGGAAAGAGUACCUUCCACAAUGUGACCAGUGUGCAGGACGUAACCAGCGUAGCUCUGGACGUUCUCAACCUCAAACUCAGCAACUCCGUCAAUGACGAUCUUUCCGGUGUCGUACUCUUGGCCUCCCUGCUCAGCAUAGAAUGGCGUCUUUUCCAGCAAGAUACCAAGCUGCUCACCCUCCUGGGUAUCCUUGGUGGUUGUGAGAAGCUCCUUGCCGUCAUAAAUUCCAACAAUCUUGGUCUUAAUGUCUUCAGUGCCAUAUUUGUAAAUGUCAUCAGUGGUUGGAAUAUCCUUGUUAGCGUCCAAAGAUCCCAGCACGUGAACAUCAAGUUUCAAAAGGGUCUUUCCGGAUUUGCUUCCGGUUCCCUUCGAAGCCUCCAAAGAAGCAAGUCUUGCCUGUUCAAAGCCUUCUUCAUCGAUUUUGAGUCCGGCUUCCUCAGCCAUCAAUCUAGUAAGAUCCACUGGGAAUCCAUAAGUGUCAUAAAGUCUCCAAACGUCUCUUCCGACCAAUGUUUGUUCUGGAGUCUUUGA